AUGAUUUCCCAAUCUUAUCUCAUCCGGCUCCUCGCCGUCACCGCCGUCGCCAACGCUCUGCCCCUGAACAUCAACCUCGGUGCCUACUCGCCCGCGCUGGUGGUAGGUGAUGGUGCCAUCGAGUUCAAGGGAGGCCCGGGCGUCGAGAAGAUCAUGAACACCCUCCAGGGAGCCGGCGUUGCUGGCGCCGCCCGCGCCGCCGCUGCCGGCACCGGUGCCCCAGCCCGCGAGGUCGCCGCCGCCGCCGCAGCCCCCGCGCCCCAGGGCGCCGCUCAGGCCUCGGUAUCUUCUGGCAUCCUCAACGAGCAGGCUUCCCUCCCCAUCCCCGGCAGCAGCAGAGAGCUCGGCCCGCGCGACGAGCCCGAAGCGGAUGAUGACGACGAGGAGGUCGAGGCCGAGGCCACUGUCGAUGACGAGGAGGACGAGGCUGACGAGCAGACCGACGCCGCUCCCGCCAAGGUCCAGAAGAGGCAGGGCGGCGCCGGCUUCGACCGUGCCCUGACCUACGCCGAGGCGGCCCUAACCAAGGGCCCCAAGAUCAACCUCGGCACACCCGCCUCGGGCGUCGGCAUCAUCGUCGACAACAACCCCACCGUCGCCGCCCGCCCGGGAACCGGCGCCGCGGAGCACUAA